AACCCACCCACCCUUCUUUUCUCCUACCACGACGAGCAAACCCGCGAGCUCGCCGUCCCCGGCGACGAGCACCACCGAUAUUUGGCCAGGAAUCCGCAACGAGCACCACCGUGACGCGCGCGCAGAAGCCGACGUCAGCCAAAUGUGAUGGCCGCGGUUUCGCUGCACAACGCCUUCCUCGCCACUGAUCCUUCCCGGCGGAGCUCAUUUCGGUCAGAGCCCCCCUCCCCGGGCUCCUCGUCCUCGCACAGCCCUCCCAACAGUCGCCCGUUUCCCACCUACGGCGAUAGCGUGCAUCCCACGUUUGCCUCGACGGUCACCUAUAGGCAGCCGCCCACGCAUGAGCGGGACCCCCCCGCCUCGACCUCGCAGCACUCCCCCCCGCCCUCCUCUCUGUCGCACUACCGACCCAGCCACGAUAGCAUCGGACGCCAGACGACCGAGGCGCACACCGCGGAGUCGCAUCAAGCGCUCCUGUCCCCGCGCUCGAGGGAGGCGUUCGCACGGGAUCUUAAUCUGGAGCGAGGGCAGGAGCAGGCGCGCGAGCCUGCCGCCGGGGGCGGUAGGGAAAGUCGACCAGCGGUAGACAUCGAAGGGGCCGGCGGGCUAAGGACGCAGGGCAGGCGUGCGGUACGGCGGAGGAGAAAGACGAGGUGGUUCCGGGUCGUAUUGGAGGCAGUUAUAUGCCUGUGGACAAUGUACACCGUCGCUCGCUACUUCAUCGGCUCCGCCAUCUACACCUCGCAUGACAGGCAUACGAUUGCUUUCAUCCUUGGUGCCUCGUCCUCCUUGUCUCUCCUCCUGUUCUUCCUCUCCGUUACACUCACUUACUCCGACUUGUCCGCCUUAUCGCCGCAUACAUCCGCCUAUUUAAUCACCUUUUUCCAAUAUUUUGCGAGUUUCUUCCUUCUCCUCCCCGCGAUAGCGAACUUCAUACUGGUCUUCGUCUGGCAUCAUACAUCUGAUCUUGGAGAAAGCCUCGAGGGUCGAUGCAACUGGGACCUGGAUGUCGUGUGGACCGGCGUAGGACACACCUGUCAAGCUGGAGCUGCUACAGGUUGGGGAGUAUGGCUGGUCCUUGCUGUAGUGAGGAUGGUACUUACGUUGGGCGUACUCGAGUUAUAUCGUUUCGUCUGGCACCUCACUCGCGGACCUUUAUCGGUCGUUCCAUCUACUCUUGCUGUAUCAGCGGUCCACGUUCCUAGACGCAUACGCACUACAUCACAAUCUCAUUCUCAUCGCUCAUCUUUCCUCCCCUUCCUUUGGAAUCGCUCCACAUCCACCAUGCAGACAUCUCCUCAACCUCACAACACGCCAACCGAUCCAUCUCCCGGUGGGCAGCGGAUGGUCUCUAUUGCCGCAGCGCCCGUCUCCGUGCCGAGAGUUCGCGACCCGUUGCUCAGAGCGACCUCGUCCCAGAGCAUAGUUUCGGGGCAAGGUUCGGGAAUCGGUCAUAUCCCGAUACCAGACAUCCCGGACAGCUCCACUAGCCCGCCGAGACGACCUCGGAAGUUGAGCAAGCGACGCUCCAGACGGUCAGCCAGGAGUCAGAGGGUCUCAUUCUCGGGGUCGACGUCGGGAGGUUCACGGCCUCAGUCGCAGGCCAUCAGCCACGACUCCAGCGCACCCGCUUCCGAUCAUGAUCAAGGGAAUUUUACCAGUAGCGCAGAGGCUCGUCAUGCGGCCGAAGGUAUUGGAUCGGUGGAGGGAUCCGGGUCACCAACACCGCAGCCGAUCGCGGGGCCGUCCUCCUCCCCAGUUCCAGGGCUUUCGCAUAGCCCGCCGGGCGGACUACUGGCUUCUCCGUCGCACGGGAUGUCGGAGGGGCAACUGCAAGAGCUCGCCAACCAGUUCCGCGAGCUCGUGGCUCAAGUAACGAGGGAGACGGAGGCAGGCAUGGUACUCGCGCAGCCGGACAGCCCGUCUCCUCAUUCACAGGACUUGCGGCCUCGGGAUCCGUUAUACUUUCCCCAGUCGCCCGCUUCCACGCCCGGCUCUGCGCAGACGUCACCGAAUCACACGCCCUCCCCCAGCGUGGAUCGUGAGUCGUAUUUCCCCAGCUUUCCGCAGUCGCUCGCCGCGAGCACGGCGAUCCGGGCCAUGGACGCGAGGGGGUUCAGGCUGGCGAACGGGGAGUGGGUGACGUACGAGGAGUUUGGCCUACUCCCGCCGGCGGAGCUGCUCCGGGCUCCCUCCCCACAGUCUGCCUCCUCCGGAGCGAGCAGCAUCCUGCCCGGAUCGGGGGAAAACGUGACGGGCGAGGAUGAACGGAUACGGAUCCUCGGGGCUUAUAUUCGGCGCAUGCCUACCAUUGAAUCCUUCGGUUCUCGCGAAGCUUCGACGAGGGGUGCGAGAGGGCCCGGUAGUAUUUCGACGACGCAGGCCGGGAGCUUGAGCAGGCCGCCGACGAGGAUGACGGCGCUAUCGCUCACCCUCUCAGACGUCGGCACGGGCGGGCAGGGCAGCCCACCGCCCAGUCGCUCCAACAGCCUCAACAUCCGCCAGGUCCUCGAUGCGGCCGGCAACCCACCCAGCACGGCUAACUCUUCCUCGUCAAACGCCGACCGGGAGCCUUUCCCCUACUCGGGCAACCCCGACGAUCCGAGUGGGACCGUGAGUGGACGAGACAGGAGUGGAUCGGGGGGGAGUACGAGGAGCGCUAUCAGUGUCGUCGGCACGCGGAGCAUCAGCACGACGUAUCUCACGGCGAGCCCUAGUCCUCUCGCCAGCCCGGUCAUCAGCGAAGCGCACACCCGAACGUCCGAUGGCCAGGCGAGCACGACAACGACAAGCACCGGCAGCGAACGGCAUGCCGUGAGCUUGGAACCUAUCACCGAAGCUCGGGGGUCGAGUGGAGAUGCCAGCGUUGUUGGGAGGGCGUAUCCUGCGUCCAUGCCACCAUGACCCGAGCCUAUUCUGCCACUACAACAUGACGCCUCUGGAAAACUCACCGAACGACGAAGAAACGAAAUGCAAUGAAGCAACGUAUACACGCUCACGACGCGCUGACGAAUACGCAUGAUACCGUCGAAUACCCCUUGUAUUCGCCGCCGUCGCUCUCAUGUUUUCGUUCAACUUUGCCACCUGGGACGUCGUCGGCGUAACUGCGAAGCCGGGUAUAAGUGUCUUCCUCACUCUUCCACUAGAGCAUUACAUGCGCACCCCAUCUCGCCUCCUCCGCAUCCACAAUCCACAAUCCUUGCCUGCUGGCUGUCAUUUGUUUAGGCCUCCGGCGACCUUCGUUUCUAUGCUGUAAAGCUGUUCGGUGUCGAUAUCUACUCUGGGGUUCUUGCUUUGCGUUGAUCCGCAUCAUCAAGAUGUUGGGCAUGCGUUUUCGGACGGACAUUCGACUUCUGUUAAAUGAGAAGUUUCGUUCACUAUCUUUUCGGACCUUACCCUCAUCCACCAUCUAUUAUAUUCUGCCUACCAUAUUUGUGUGCUCCCUGCAACAU